CCGUAAACACCCCGUCAAAAACGGCAUUAAAACAGCGAUAUAUUGAAACAAACUGAUAUCAAACGAUACAGAACUACAAUUUAUAUUCAGUACUUUUGACGGUUUUUACAACAUUGAAUAGCAUUUUAAAUUGUAUCUUAUACAUCAAUUUUUGCUAAGUCACAUUAGCGGGAGUUUGUGUGCGAAGUUCUGCCACAUUAUUUUUAUUCCACGCUUUAGUUCACUAUUUCAAGCCGUUAGAAACAUGGGCUUGCUGUCCCUUGGGUCCCCACUCUCAUGGAACGAGACGAAGAAAUACGCUGAUCAUGUAAGAAAGCAUGGAAUUAUCCAGUUUCUCCACAUCUACAACAAACUCAAGACUCGGCAAAACGACGUUCUGAAGUGGGGAGAUGAGAUUGAGUAUACACUAGUGAAAUUUGAUCAUGAGAACAAAAAGGCAUAUCUCCAUCUCAAAGCAAUUGAAUACUUGGACAUUCUACAAGUUGAAGAGAAUACCAAUCCUGGUAAAAACCCUACUGCCUGGAGGCCUGAAUAUGCAGGUUAUAUGAUAGAAGGAACUCCAGGCAAGCCAUUUGGAGGCUGCAUGAGACACUUUAACAUGAUUGAAGCAAACAUGAAAUUAAGGAGAGAGGAAGUCAAGAGGAUUAUGGGUGACACAGAUGAAGCUGUCAUGUCGAUUGUUGGAUUCCCAAGGCUUGGUUGUCCAAACUUUACGUUCCCCAACCACACCCCAACCCCUGGCCACGGUGUCACGACUUCUCUCUUCUACCCUGACAUGGUGGUUCAUCAAGGACACCCAAGAUUUGCUACACUGACAAGAAACAUCCGUGAGAGACGAGGUUCCAAGGUGGCAAUAAAUGUACCAAUUUUUAAAGACACCAACACUCCAUCACCUUUCAUUGAGAAGUUUCCAGAAGUUGAUGGCGAAGGUGGCGCGGCGGCCAAGCCUGAUCACAUCUACCUGGACGCCAUGGGCUUUGGUAUGGGGUGUUCCUGUCUGCAGAUGACAUUCCAAGCUUGUAGCAUUGAGGAAGGCAGACACCUCUAUGACCAACUGGCUGCUGUCACACCGAUUGUGAUGGCACUGUCUGCUGGAACACCUGUGUUCCGAGGUUACCUAGGGGACCUGGACUGCCGCUGGAGUGUGAUUGCAGGUUCAGUAGAUGACAGAACACCAGAGGAAAGAGGGUUAAAACCGUUAAACGAGAACCGUUUUGUGAUCCCCAAGUCUCGCUAUGACUCCAUCAGCUGCUACCUGUCUCCAGAAGGCGCCAAGUACAACGACAUCGAGUUAGUGAUGGACCAGGAGAUCUAUCAACAGUUAGUAGAGAAUGGUAUCGAUGAUGCGCUUGCAAGGCACUACGCGCAUCUUUUCAUCCGGGACCCAAUGACGCUGUUCAAGGAACAUGUGGACGAGGAUGACGAACAGUACUCGGACCACUUCGAGAACAUCCAAUCAACGAACUGGCAAACUAUGCGCUUUAAGCCGCCCCCGCCGAACUCGCCUAUUGGCUGGCGCGUAGAGUUCAGACCCACGGAGGUUCAGCUGACGGACUUCGAGAACGCGGCCUUUGUCACCUUCAUUGUGCUGCUGUCGAGGGUGAUACUGUCGUUCGACCUUAAUCUUCUCAUGCCUAUCUCAAAGGUGGACGCUAACAUGCAGACCGGACAGAUGAGGGAUGCCGUGCGUCAGGGAAAGUUUUACUUCAGAAAGACCCUCAAGAACUGUAAGCCUAUUUGCGCCGGAAAACCAUGCCGCCCAGGGGGGUUUAACGGAAUGGAGUGCAUCCCUUGUGAUGAGCUCAACCAGAUGUCUAUUGACGCCAUAAUCAACGGCAAGAAUGACGAGGGCGAAUUUCCUGGUCUAAUUCCACUAAUCAACAAGUACCUAAGCGACGUUGAUGUUGAUAUCGACACAAGAUGUACAAUUUCGCAGUACCUUAAACUCAUCUCUCGCAGAGCAUCAGGCGAGCUGAUGACCACCGCGCGCUGGAUGAGAGAAUUUAUCCAAUCGCACCCGGACUACAAGCACGACUCCGUAGUCUCCGAACGGAUCAACUACGAUCUUCUCAAUACCUGCAACAAGAUCGCCAACGGCGAGCUCAAAUGCCCCGAGCUGAUAGGCUCGCCCGUUUCUAAGACAACCGCUUCACUAAGCAAAAAGUGCAUGAAUAUUCAAGAGGAGAUGGAGAAAAUGGAGGCUUCAAAGUUAAAGGAAAUGGGCCUGUGAUCUGACGGUCAGCAGACAUACGCACUACGCAUGCGCCAGAGGAGCCAUUCCGAGAAGAGCAAGGGCCCGAUGUUGUUCGCAAGUACGUUGUAAAAAGUCCCAAUGACUCAAUACUAUUUCAUAACAAUUAGAUUUUCUAGGUAAAAUAUGCCUAUUUAUACAAGUAAUGCAUGUUCUCCUGUUUAAACACUGUGAAGGAUGACUGGUCAACAAUCAAACGUAAGAUGUUUGGCAUGGUAUACUACCCAUGCGUUUAAAUUCGUUUAAAGCUUUUUUAUUUUUUGUACUUUAGGUAGACCUAAAUUCUGUACGUAAAUGUUCAGUCUUAAUGUAACCUGAUUUUCUUUUUUCGUUUCUUGAUUGUUCUUUAGAGUAGACAUGACAGGAAUAGUUUUUUUUCGCAGAAGUAUACUGCUUCAUGAUACCUUGUUAACACAGCUUUUAAUGAGACGACGGGAUGCCCUUGGCUGUAUCAUAACUUGUUUUAUCGGAAGACACUGACAUCGAGGAAUUGUAAAAUAAUUGAACUGAAUUUAAAGUCUGGCAGUACAAGUACGGUUACUGGUGUUUUUUUUUUUUAAUUUAUCGUUAAUAGAAUGAUUGGGCAACUGUGUUCGAAUAUUGUGGGAAGAUUUGGAGUGACAACAUGUAUCCGAUAUAUCCCAUGAUACAUUAAGAUCUCGGCGACAGUUUACCACUCGUUUGUUAA